CAACAGUCGGGAAAGACAAUACAUGCACAUAGUCUGACAUUUUGUUGGCAGAUGCUGGGUGGCAUUGUAGCUUCUGCUUCCGUCGUAUCAGUGAUUUCAUUAUGAUAGAGUUAGGUUCUCUCACUAUCUAGAUCCUGACAGAAUUCAGAAAGUAAUCUGCGAAGGGUACGAUCUAUUUGACAUGCUGCCGGAGGAGUACACUUUCAAGGAGAUCAUCGGUAAAAUGGGCCAAAUACCCCAUUCAUAAUCUGCAGUUCACCUGCCUGCUUUCCUUCUGGAAAAUGCAGAGAAGUAUAAAUUUCUCCUGCCUGGAAAUUGUAUGAGAGAGAGAUGAUAUGAGAAAACCAUUUAAAAGGUACAGGCUUGUUGUUUAGUUUGUUGCUUGUGCUGCUCAAGUGGUUCUUUGUAGGAGGUUUUCACCGAGGUUUUGAUGAUUGUGUGUGACUCACGUGGGGCAAUAUUAUUGUCCAGUGAGAUAUUGUUUGGGAAAUUCAUUGAGUUCUUCAGACAAAUUCUUUGAUCUAGAUGGAAUUUUUGUAUAUAAUUUUUUAUCUAGAGGGAAUUUUUGUAUAUAAUUUAGAGUUGAACUUCAUUCAAGGGGGAGAAGCAUUAUUCUAACCAGCGAUCAGAAGUGCCACUUGCCUUUGUGAACUUCUGUGUUUAUUUGGUAUCAGUGUGGCUGAUACCCAGAUAUACAGUAACGUAGUUUAAAAUUCUCCAUCUUUUUUUCCUGUUUGGGAAGUUUUCGUUUUGCAGACCCAUUUUUAUUCUUAUUAUUCUUUGUCUCUUCAUAACACUAGUGUUGGGCGCCGUCAAAAGUGAAUGCAUUCGCGUGGCAGCUGCAGCAUGACCGUAUUCCGACUCGGAUUAAUUUGCACCGACAGGGGAUCAUUGAUGCGGCUGGGGACAGACUUUGUGAUGGGAGCCACUCCUACAAGUUUCGUCAGCAGGAGAAACUCAUUGGAUGAAAACGGGAACAAGAUGUUAAAUGAGUAUAUUCGAGAACAUAAGAUUGGUUCUAGUAGCUAUGGUAAAGUGGCUCUUUACAAAAGUAGCGUUGAUGGAAAGCAUUAUGAAAUUAAGUCCUUUCACAAGUCUCACUUAUGGAAGCUUCGAGUUGCUCCAUUUGAGACUGCCAUGACUGAUGUUCUACGUUAGGCAAAGGAAAGUGAAAUUUCAUAGUUAAUUGUACUGUCCAAUACUUUUGCUUCUCUUAAUGAUUGAUUAAUAAAUACACAAACUGACAUGUAAAAUCAGAAGCUUCAAUUUAUGGGAAAUGCAUUGCAGUGUUGGUAUUACAGC